UUUACUGUUGCACAGGAAGACGAUCAGCUGUCAACAUAAAGCUAGCGUGUACUGGAAAUCGGUUGUGUUUUUGAACUGUUAAAUAAAAUGACGUCCUUAUUUGAUCAGCUGAAACUCCUGUUUGAUCAACAGUUGUAUUCAAAUGUUGCUGCUUUGGCAAACCUUGUCAUCACUGUUAGUGAACAUAAUCAAGAAACAUUAUCACCACCAGCCAAGUUUCAAACCUAUGUGUUCUACGGAGAUUCACUGUUUCAUUUGGGACAGUAUCGUAAAGCUGAAAUGAUGUAUAAGAAAGCUUUACAGUUCAAAAAAUCUCUCUUGAAAUCAAAAGGCACAACAAAACUCCAGGACAAUCAGAAGGAAUUAAUGCCUGAUAUUGAUAUAAAGUACCAGAUGCAUCUUUGUCACGUUAAUCUGAAACAAAAUCACCAAGCAAUAGGUGUUUUGCAGAGUAUACCUGGUAAACAACGAAAUGCAAAAAUCAACAUGGCUUUGGCGAAACUGUAUCAGCAAGGAGGAAUGGAGCGUUCUGCCAUAACAGCUUACAAGGAAGUUCUUAGGGAGUGUCCACUGGCCCUCGAAGCUGCAGAAGGACUGCUGAGCCUUGGAGUAAAAGGCAUUGAAGUCAAUUCACUUGUUCUUGAAGCAGCAUCGGGUGUAAGCAGCGACUGGUUAAAUUCCUGGAUAAAAGCUCACGCUCAGAUGCACAGUCGUGACUACACACAAGCUAUUGCAACAUUUCGCCAUCUGGAUGAACGAUCUGCACUUCGUGAUAAUGUUAAUCUACUAGUCACAAUGGGAGAAUGCUAUUAUUAUUGUGGAGACUUCAAAAAUGCACUUAUUGUUCUUCAGAGGGCUUAUGGAAUAGACCCAUAUAUGCAACGUGGCCUUGAAAUUUAUGCAGGGCUGCUAGCCAAGGAACGGAAGUUUAAAGAACUUGAAAAAAUAAUCUCACCAAAUAUAAAUAUAUCUGAAUAUGGCCCAGAACACUGGAUAGCAAUGGCAUACUACUUUUAUGCUUCACGGAAGAAUUCAAAGGCCAUAUAUUUUGCUCACAAAGCAUGCACUCAGAACCCACGUAAUGUCCAAGCACUUAUUCUGAAAGGUGCUAUACUUAUGGAUCUUAAGAAAUACACGGAAGCAAUUGUACAUUUUAGAGAGGCAAUGCAGUUGAGUCCUUAUCGAUAUGAACCACAUCGAGGACUCGUUGAUUGCUAUGUACUUAUGCACAGAUUGCGAGAGGCUUUAACAAUGGCAAGCAGUGCAUGCAAGCAGCUUGGUCAAACACCGAGAGCUUUGACAUUGUAUGCAUCUGUGCUAAUGAAGGAUCCUGUUACGGUGUGCAAAGCUAAAACGUACUUGGAAAAAGCCUUGGCACAAGAUGAGACGUACUUAUCUGCAGUGUAUUUGCUUGCUGAAAUAUAUGAACAGGAAAUGACACUGGAGGCUGCAAUUGCACUUCUUGAACGACAAGUGCAGAUACAGCCAACUUGCAGACUGCACCAAAUGCUCGGCGAUCUUCUGGCGAGAGUCCACGAAGAGGAACGGGCCCUCGAUCACUAUAGUAUAGCACUGAACCUAGAUCCAGGCAAUCGAAGAGCAUUGGAAGGACUUCACAGGAUCGACAGUAAUACAAGCAAAAUUGACAAUUCCUAUUAUAUGAUGGCAGCUGGUGAAGAUGAAGGGGGUGACACUACCUACGAGCGCAUUGCUGAUUCAGAAAAUGAAGCAGAACCUGAUGAGAGUGAGACUGAAGCUGUGUGGUCAGACAUGGAUCUUGACUUGAGCAGCCAGUGAAUAUACAUUACACUGAUUGGAGCAAUCAUGCAGAUACAAUCAGUGGAAAAGACUGAAAUUUAGAAAUGUAGAGGAGGGGGCGGGGAUUUCAUGCACUACUUCGAAUUAUUGUUUCGAACAUGUUUUUUCUUUCUUCAACGACUUGUUACAUCAAAAAGUAAAUAGUGACUGAAACACAUGUUCAUUCAUACGCCAUGUGCUGACAGAAAUGUUGCUUUUAGUGAGAUUAAAAUGUGUUUUUAUAAUGUUCGACUGUUAUGUUGUAUGAACUAAGUGUGAGGUAUAGAGGAGAAAACUUUUUAUAUUUAUAUUGUGAUGAAAUCUAAUUCCUGAUUUGCAUGUAUAUGUCAUGUUUUUGUUAUGAUAACAUUGUUAAUAAGACAUAUUUUUAGAAUA